CAGUCACAGACUCUCUCAUAACUUACCAAUGUGGGUCUUUGGGGUAGAGGAACACACACCCGCUAGCACGUAGACGGUCGAGUUCCUGUUCUCUUCUAUCAGAAACUGUGCUCACUUUGUGACAGAAGUCGGUGCGAAGAUGAAGGUGAUCAUCAGGCUGUUUGCCUUCCUCCUGAGCUGUAACCUCACUGCAGCAAUCAUCCAUAAAAUAGUCGAGCAGGAGAAAUCAAUCACUUUACCCUGUCCUCACCCUGUGGGUAAAGUGAAGUGGAGCAGAGAGAAGAAUGGAAACAAAACUGACUUAAUGACAGUUGAGGGUGAAAAGGAGACAAAACACAUUUCAGACCCACAUAAAUAUUACAGUUCAUUAGCAGAUAAAUCUCUAUACAUAAAAAGAGUAGAGUUCUCAGACGAUGGCAGAUAUUUGUGUAACGAUGAAGCAGCUGUGGAUCUGACGGUGAUCCCACCAGGAACAGUCGUUCUCGAGGCGACAGAGAGGACCAGCGUCACUCUGAAAUGUCCUGGUGUUUUAGAUGAUCAAAAAUGGUGGACAGAAGCUGGACCAAUACCAAAACAAAGUCGGUUUAAGGUUUUUCGAUUGGACAAGACGUUGAUUAUCACAAACCUUCAGGCUGCUGACUCUGGACUUUACUCCUGCGAUGGAAAACCUGCUGCGUACCUGAACGUGAUCAGAGAUGAUCCGUCUGACAGAGGCCGGAAGACACAAGAAACAACUUUAACGACAACUUUAAACUCAACACAAUCGGCAGACUCAGACCCCAAAGACAUUCCUGGUUUGGUGUCAUGGAUGUAUAUCUUCAUCACCGUCCUCAUCAUCAUCCUCAUCAUUAUAGUCACUGUCUACUGUAAAAAAAGAAGAUUUAAAAAAGGAGGUAAAAAAGAAGAAGCUCUUUAUGAAGAAAUACCGGAUGUAUUGUUUCAUCCAAAAAAUGGAGUCGGUACGAAGAUGAAGGUGAUCAUCAGCUGCUGCCUGUUUGCCUUCCUCCUGAGCUGUAACCUCACUGCAGCAAUCAUCCAUGAAAUAGUCGAGCAGAUGAAAUCAAUCACUUUACCCUGUCCUCACCCUGUGGGUAAAGUGAAGUGGAGCAGAGAGAAGAAUGGAAACAAAACUGACUUAAUGACAGUUGAGGGUGAAAAGGAGACAAAACACAUUUCAGACCCAUAUAAAUAUUACAGUUCAUUAGCAGAUAAUUCUCUACAGAUACGGAGAGUAAAGUUCUCAGACGAUGGCAGAUAUUUGUGUAACGAUGAAGCAGCUGUGGAUCUGACGGUGAUCCCACCAGGAACAGUCGUUCUCGAGGCGACAGAGAGGACCAGCGUCACUCUGAAAUGUCCUGGUGUUUUAGAUGAUCAAAUAUGGUGGAAAGAAGCUGGACCAAUACCAAAACAAAGUCGGUUUGAGGUUUUUCGAUUGGACAAGACGUUGAUUAUCACAAACCUUCAGGCUGCUGACUCUGGACUUUACACCUGCGAUGGAGAACCUGCUGCGUACCUGAACGUGAUCAGAGAUGAUCCGUCUGACAGAGGGAACGAGGCUGAACCCACAAAACCACCUACAAGACAAACAGUAGCAACGACAACUGUUCCAUUAACAACACGGGCAAACAGUAACAUGGCAACGACAACGAAAGAAAAGUCCAACAACGAAUCCACAGAAGACGAGGAUAAUAGCCGGAAGGCACAAGAAACAACUUUAACAACAACUUUAAACUCAACACAAUCGGCAGACUCAGACCCCAAAGACAUUCCUGGUUUGGUGUCAUGGAUGUAUAUCUUCAUCACCGUCCUCAUCAUCAUCCUCAUCAUCAUCCUCAUCAUUAUAGUCACUGUCUACUGUAAAAAAAGAAGAUUUAAAAAAGGAGGUAAAAAAGAAGAAGCUCUUUAUGAAGAAAUACCGGAUGUAUUGUUUCAUCCAAAAAAUGGAGUCGGUGCGAAGAUGAAGGUGAUCAUCAGCUGCUGCCUGUUUGCCUUCCUCCUGAGCUGUAACCUCACUGCAGCAAUCAUCCAUAAAAUAGUCGAGCAGAAGAAAUUAAUCGCUUUACCCUGUCCUCACCGUGUGGAUAAAGUGAAGUGGAGCAGAGAGAAGAAUGGAAACAAAACUGACUUAAUGACAGUUGAGGGUGAAAAGGAGACAAAACACAUUUCAGACCCACAUAAAUAUUACAGUUCAUUAGCAGAUAAUUCUCUACAGAUACGAAGAGUAGAGUUCUCAGACGAUGGCAGAUAUUUGUGUAACGAUGAAGCAGCUGUGGAUCUGACGGUGAUCCCACCAGGAACAGUCGUUCUCGAGGCGACAGAGAGGACCAGCGUCACUCUGAAAUGUCCUGGUGUUUUAGAUGAUCAAAUAUGGUGGAAAGAAGCUGGACCAAUACCAAAAGAAAGUCGGUUUAAGGUUUUUCGAUUGGACAAGACGUUGAUUAUCACAAAUCUUCAGGCUGCUGACUCUGGACUUUACUCCUGCGAUAGAGAACCUGCUGCGUACCUGAACGUGAUCAGAGAUGAUCCGUCUGACAGAGGUCACGAGGCUAAAACCACAAAACCACCUACAAGACAAACAGCAGCAAAAACUGCAGAAGCAAAAACUGUUCCAUUAACAACAAUGGCAAACAGUAACAUGGCAACGACAAAGAAAGAAAGGUCCAACAACGAAUCCACAGAAGACGAGGAUAAUAGCCGGAAGGCACAAGAAACAACUUUAACAACAACUUUAAACUCAACACAAUCGGCAGACUCAGACCCCAAAGACAUUCCUGGUUUGGUGUCAUGGAUGUAUAUCUUCAUCACCGUCCUCAUCACCGUCCUCAUCAUCAUCCUCAUCAUUAUAGUCACUGUCUACUGUAAAAAAAGAAGAUUUAAAAAAGGAGGUAAAAAAGAAGAAGCUCUUUAUGAAGAAAUACCGGAUGUAUUGUUUCAUCCAAAAAAUGGUAACAAGGCUAAAACCACAAAACCACCGACAAGACAAACAGCAGCAACGUCAACUGCAGCAGCAACAACUGUUCCAUUAACAACAAUGGCAAACAGUAACAUGGCAACGACAAAGCAACAAAAGUCCAAGAACAAAUCCACAGAAGAUGAGGACAAUAAGAACCCCAAAGACAUUCCUGGUUUGGUGUCAUGGAUGUAUAUCUUCAUCACCGUCCUCAUCAUCAUCAUCAUCAUCAUCCUCAUCAUUAUAGUCACUGUCUACUGUAAAAAAAGAAAAUUUAAAAAAGGAGGUAAAAUAGAAGAAGCUCUUUAUGAAGAAAUACCGGAUGUAUUGUUUCAGCCCAAAAAUGACAGAUUAAACCAAAAUGAUCCCACGUAUUCCACCAUCUCUGAGCUUCCUCUGAUGAAGAAGCCAACUGACACAAUUCUACCUAAUGAGUCCCCUUACUCCUGCAUCGGAGACACGUUACGUGGAGAUUGCACAGAUUUGACGCAGUCGAAUGAAAGCCCAUAUUUUUUAUUGGAGAAACCUGAAACACCCGAGAACAACAACGACCUGACGUCUGCAGUUUGAGCGGAAAAUUCUUCAGUUUUCGAUAAAACCUGCUUCUUCAAGAGUUGGUGCCUUGUUUCCACUAGAGACUGUAAAUAAUAAAGUUUGAAGUGACUUCACCCGUCUGUUCCUGCAGGGGUUACUGAAGUCCCAUCGAUGGCGGUCUCCAUGCUGGAAAUGCUGUCUCAGUCUAACUUUCAGUCAACCUAAAGAUUGGCUGAGAGCUGGAGCCGAGGCGGGUUUUAAACCUCCUGACAAACCGUUAAACCGCGCCCGCCUGUCAAUCAGGUCAGCUACACGCCUUAAUGUGAAUAACUCUUAUCCUUCAUCAAAUCAAAACCUAUGAGUCAUCAAAACAUUCACCCACCGUACAGUGUGUGCUGAUUGAGACAUGAGCUAAUCAGACCUAUUUGUUUUUUUGAAUAAGGCUGUAAACAUGUUAAUCUCUGCUGUAAAAACAGGCUUUUUAGAAUAGGUGUGUGUGACUUCCUGUGCUUCUGCAGCCAGCCUCUAGUGGACACUCGAGGAACUGCAGGCUUAAUUUUUCAACACUAGAGGUUGUUGCUUGAUUUCCACUUACGUUUAUGUCCGGAGGCAAGUCAAAUGGAAGUCCAUUCAUUCCUAUGGGAAUCUCUGUGCUAUCUGAUGUGCCUGCGAAACUCCUCCCCUAUAUAAAAUGUCUUUAUCAGUUUUGUAUUAUAUACUGUCAGAUUUGUCAGCUGUCAUCCUCUUUGUCAGUUUGUUUAAACAAACACAAUUAGCCCCUCCCCCAUGGCUUCAGGUAGCUUCUGUCAGGUUUCUAUACAUCUGUAAAGAAAUGCACGUCCUUGCGUUUGGACACGAGGAGGAAUCAUCCGUAUAUUUACGUAUCUACGGACACCGGACACAUAUCUAAGUGGAAACACAUGUCUACCAUUUCCUCUGACGUUUCGCCACGCUGUGAAGCUAAAACACGUCAUUAUUUGUUUUUCAAAAGAAAAAAAAAUGAAAUCAAAUUUUUCUAUUAGCUAGAAAGUGGCUGAGUGCAAACAGUAGUUGUUUUCUGAAAGUGUUUUCUAAAUGACCUGUAAAUAAAAACAUUCCUUUUUCUAUUCCUA